AUGGCAGAUAUUGGUGUUGGACUUGCGCAGGAACAGACCCACGUGUCUGGCGAAACGACCAAGCAAACGACCACCCGCCGGUUCAGCCGCGGCUUGGUCCACGAAACGAAAUUCUGCCCCCCCGAAGUCAAAGAUCCGUUUGACACCGUAAGCUGGGACAAGCGGAGCGCCGCGAUCCGGGACGAGUCGGGCGAAGUGCUCUUCGAGCAGACCGACUGCGAGGUGCCCAGCUUCUGGAGCCAGCUGGCGACCAACGUUGUCGUCAGCAAGUACUUCUACGGCGAAGUCGGCACCGAAGAACGCGAAUCGAGCGUACGACAGCUCAUCAAUCGCGUGACCCGCACCAUUUCCGACUGGGGCAUCGCCGACGGCUACUUCUCCACCCCCGAAGACGGCGAGCGUUUCUAUCGCGACCUCACCUGGUUGUGCUUGCACCAGCAUGGGGCGUUCAACUCGCCGGUCUGGUUCAAUGUCGGUCUAUUCCAUUGCUAUGGCGUCCAAGGAGCCCAAUGCAACUGGCAUUGGAACCCGGAGAUCGAGGAAGCCCAGCAGCCGGAGAACUCUUACGAGUACCCGCAAGGUUCGGCCUGCUUCAUUCAAAGCGUGCAGGACAACAUGGAAGACAUCAUGGAUCUCGCCCGCAGCGAGGCCAUGCUGUUCAAGUUCGGCUCCGGCACGGGUACCGAUCUUUCGACCCUGCGAUCGCACCGCGAGAAGCUCAGCGGCGGCGGUAAGCCCUCGGGCCCGUUGUCGUUCAUGCGGGUGUACGACCAGAUUGCUGCGGUGGUGAAGAGCGGCGGCAAGACCCGUCGGGCCGCCAAGAUGCAAUCGCUGAAGGUGUGGCACCCCGAUAUUCUCGAAUUCAUCGAGGCCAAGGCCAAAGAAGAAAAGAAGGCCCACAUCCUCAUCGCCAACGGCUACGAGUCGAACUUCAACGGCGAGGCCUACAGCUCGAUUCUGUUCCAGAACGCGAACCUGUCCGUCCGCGUGACCGACGACUUCAUGGAAGCUGUUGAGAACGAAGAGCCCUGGACCACGCACUGGGUGACCGACAAGAAGCACGAAGGUCCCACUUAUCCGGCCACUGAGUUGCUGGAGAAGAUGGCCGAAGGUGCUUGGUCGUGUGGCGACCCUGGCGUGCAGUACGACACGACGAUCAACCGUUGGCACACGUGCCCCAACUCAGGUCGUAUCAAUGCGUCGAAUCCGUGCUCGGAAUACAUGUUCCUCGACGACACGGCCUGCAACCUGGCGAGCAUCAACCUGAUGAAGUUCCGUCGCCCAGACGGUUCGUUCGACGCCGAGCGAUUCACGGCAGCCUGUCGGGUGUUCUACAUCGCUCAGGAAAUUCUGGUCGAUCAUGCCAGCUACCCCACGAAGCCGAUCGCGGAGAACAGCCACCGGUUCCGCCCGUUGGGCUUGGGUUACUCGAACCUAGGCAGCCUGAUCAUGUCGAGCGGUCUGUCGUACGAUUCGGAUGCCGCCCGCGGAAUGUGUGGUUCGCUUACGGCUUUGCUGCAUGGUGCGGCGAACCUGUGCAGUGCCGAGUUGGCUUCGGCCGUGGGUCCCUUCGAAGGCUUCGCCGAGAACCGGCAGCCGAUGCUCGACGUGAUGCAGAUGCAUCGCGACGCCGUCGAGGAUAUCGACGAAGCGGGCCCGGCAGAGUUGAAGCAAGAAGCCCGCCGUGUGUGGGACGAAGUGCUCGACACCGGGCGUCGCUUUGGUUUCCGCAAUGCUCAGGCCACCGUGCUGGCCCCCACCGGUACGAUCAGCUUCCUGAUGGAUUGCGAUACCACGGGCAUCGAGCCGGACAUCGCCCUGGUGAAGUACAAGCAGUUGGCCGGUGGCGGUACGCUGAAGAUUGUCAACCGCACCGUCCCGCUGGGUCUGCGAACCCUGGGCUACGACGAGCCGCAGAUUGAAUCGAUGCUGGCCUACAUCGACAAGAACGAAACGAUCGAAGGCGCGCCGGAGUUGAAGGAAGAGCACAUCCCGGUGUUCGACUGUGCCUUCGCCCCCAAGAACGGCAAACGUUCGAUCAAGUGGCGGGCCCACAUUCACAUGAUGGCCGCCGCGCAGCCGUUCCUCUCGGGUGCGAUCUCGAAGACGGUGAACAUGCCGCAAGAGUCGACUGUCGAGGAUAUUGCCGACGCCUAUGCAGAAGGGUGGAAGCUGGGUCUGAAAGCUUUGGCCGUGUAUCGCGACGGCUCGAAGAGCAGCCAACCGCUGUCGACCAGCAGCGAAGGGGACAAGGCCGCGGCGGCAGCCACGGCAGCUCCUCGUCGCGAACGCUUGCCCGACACUCGCAAGUCGAUCACCCACAAGUUCAGCGUGGGCGGUCACGAGGGCUACAUCACGGUGGGCCUCUACAACGAUGGUCGCCCCGGCGAAAUGUUCAUCACGAUGGCCAAAGAAGGAAGCACCAUCGGCGGUUUGAUGGACAGCUUCGGUACGGCGGUUUCGAUGAGCCUGCAGUACGGCGUGCCCUUGGACGUGUAUGUGAGCAAGUUCUCCUAUACGCGGUUCGAGCCAAUGGGCUUCACGACGAAUCCGGACAUUCGGAUUGCCAAGAGCCUGGUCGACUACAUCUUCCGCUGGUUGGGCAUCACGUUCAUCCAAGGCUAUCGCGAAGAGCAGCAAGGUGGCUACAAGCCGGAAGAAUCUGCUGAGAAGACCGAUACCGUGGAGAACGAGUUGCCGUCGACUCCGGAAAUGAAGGAGCAGACCCCCGCGGUCGGUUCCAGCAACGGUUCGACAAACGGAACUCACGCUGUGAUUCCGGCGAGCAACGGUUCAUCGACCGACGUUGACUUGCGAAACGAUCAGUUCGCACGCUUCCAGGUUGAGCCGCUAGUGAAUUCUUUCAGAUGCAAACCUUUCUUACUCUCGCUUGGCACACUUGUCUUCCUGACGCUUAGCGGCACGUUCUCACACGCCGAAACCAUUACGAUCUCAACCGCCGAUGGCGACGGGGCCGAUGCCCAAAUUCGUGGGCUCAUUGGAAGUGAUGAUCAAUCGGCUGACAAUUUUGGUGGUGUCAGCAAUCUCGCCUAUCGGUAUGCCAGUGCGGGAACCGCGGGAUUAGAUCGAUUUCAAAAGUCGAUCAUUCGCUUCGACCUUCCCGACAAUAUCGACACGGUGAUCAGUGCUACUUUACGUCUCUAUAGCACGACAACGUUUUCAAAAGAUUAUGACCUGUACGGGCUCAGAGAACUGAGCGACUAUGGCCCCGGCCAACUCGACGAGACCUGGGGCGAAGGCGACAUCACCUGGGACAAUGCCCCUUUCCACGAGGGCAUUGGGAGUAACUCGAAUGGCCUGGCAUCGGGCACGUUCGUGACCCUCGUCAACGGAGGCGCGACACCAUCUUCGCCCGGUACCGAAACCUAUAGUUCGGCAGCCCUGGCAUCGUUCAUCGAAGAUGACACGAAUGGCCUGGUCACUUUUCUUAUUCGUGCUGACGACAAUGAGACUGCCUUAGGCAACUUCGCCAGCAAAGAGCACGAUGGCUCUGGCUUCACAGGACUUCAUGCACCGGAACUGGUGCUUGAAUACACGGUUGUGCCAGAACCUUCGGCGUUUGCACUGGCAGCCCUCGGGUUCGGGCUGUUCGUACUUCGUCGCGCACGAAAUCGCAACUCUGCCUGA